GCGGCCGCGCCUUCGGGCCGCGCAGUUCUCUGCAUCUCUGGUGGUUUACCCAAGCCUACAAAUAUCACCUUCUUAUCCAUAAAUAUGAGGAAUAUCCUACAGUGGAGCCCACCAGAGGGCCUACAAGGAACUGAAGUUACUUACACUGUGCAGUAUUUCAUAUAUGGGCAAAAGAAGUGGCUGAAUAAAUCCGAAUGCAGAAAUAUCAGUAGGACCUGCUGUGAUCUCUCUGUGGAAACUUCUGAUUACGAACACCAAUAUUAUGCCAAAGUUAAGGCCAUUUGGGAAACGAAUUGUUCCAAAUGGGCAGAAACUGGACGAUUCUAUCCAUUCUUAGAAACACAAAUUGGCCCACCGGGGAUCGCUUUGACGACAGAUGAGAGAUCCAUUUCCAUUGUUCUGACGGCUCCAGAGAAGUGGAAGAGAAAUCCAGAAGACAGUUCUCUUUCCAUGCAACAGAUAUACUCUAAUCUGAAGUAUAAUGUGUCCGUAUAUAAUACUCAAUCUAAUAGAACGUGGUCCCAGUAUGUGACCAACCACACGCUGGUGCUGAGCUGGCUGGAGCCAGACACUCUGUACUGCGUCCACGUGGAGUCCUUCGUCCCAGGGCCUCCUCGCCUCGCUCGGCCUUCUGAGAAGCUGUGUGUCCAUACUUUGAAAGACCAAACAUCAGCAGUGAAGGUUAAAAUCAUCUUCUGGUAUGUUUUGCCCAUAUCUGUCACAGUGUUUCUUUUUUCUGUGAUGGGCUACUCCAUGUACAGAUAUAUCCAUGUUGGCGAAGAGAAACACCCAGCAAAUUUGAUUUUGAUUUAUGGAAAUGAAUUUGACAAAAGAUUCUUUGUACCUGCUGAAAAAAUUGUGCUUAAUUUUAUCACCCUCAAUAUUGUGGAGGAUUCUAACACUUCUCAUCAGGAUGUAAGUGUAAGGGGGAAAAGCAACGAUGUAUGGGACCUGAAUGAGCCCCUCGAGGACCAGGAGCCACAUCAGGAGGAAAUGGAGGUGAAGAACUCAGGGUAUGCUUUACAUUGGAUGGACAUUUUCUGUGACUCUGAGGAAAGCUCCAAGGGUAUGUCCCUAACCCAGCAAGGGUCCCUGGGUGAAACAAUGGCCACAGAUAAAGCUGCCGUUGGAUGUGAAGAGGCUGUAAGAACUGUUGACAUCUGUGUGGGGACUGGAGAUCAAGAGCUUAGACUGCAGGAAGAGGCAUCCCUUCAAGGACAGUUCUUGGAGCAACAGGCAGCUUUGGCAGACCUGGGCUCCCCAACACCACUGUAUUCCUAUGCCCCUCAGCUGCGAGACUUGGGCCAGCUGUUGCCGAAGCACGUGGAUGCGGAAGAGGAGCCAGGUGAAGAGGCAUCCACCACACUGGUGGACUGGGACCCUCAGACUGGCAGGCUGUGCAUACCGUCCUUCUCUGGCUCUGAACAUGACUCUGAGGGAUGUGAGCAGCCUGAGUAUAAGGAGCUCACAGAAGAAAGCCUCUUGUGUAGACUCUAUGAGGAUCAGGCUCCAGAAGAGUCAUCAGAAGAAAACAAAGCCUAUCUCCUGAAAUUUAUGGAGGACUGGGGAUUACAUGUGCAAAUGGAGGACUAACACCUGAACUUCCCUUUGCCACACCCCUGCUGUUAUGAGGCACAUGAGUACAAACAUAAGAGUGACCAAACAAUAAAGGAUAUGGGAUGAAAGAAGUUGACUCUGA